AUGCGGCUGAUUGACGUGAAUCUUUACGACAAGACAGUGCCAGUGCCAACUAACGACUGCUCCAAAUCGAACUGUGCCCAGCUAUGCCUCUACACACAGACGCCCACUUGUCAAUGCUGGAAAGGAGUGGUGAAUGUAAAAGAUGGGCUGUGUCAAGACCCAAAUGCCUUCUUGGUCUUUUCCCGAUCUCGAUCGAUUCUUUUCCUGCAAAUCGAGAAUUCCUUAGUCGACAGUGGAUAUCCGAAGAUGGCUCAUGAUCCAAUCUCUGAUCCAUCUUUGGUUCGAAACGCUAUUGCUGUUGUCGUCGAUCAGGACAGAUCUCAAAUCUUCUACUCCGAUGCGCAAACUCGAAAAGUGCUCACCAGUGCAUUGGACGGCUCAAAUGCGUAUCCAAUUGUUGAAGAUAUCGGAAGUGUGGAGGGCGUUUCUCUUGACUCAGUCAAUCGAUAUCUUUAUUUCACCACCGGUGUCCCGCCCGCGAUUUGGCGAGUUUCCGUCGUUGAAGCCGAUCCGGCCACCUAUCCAAAGCGACCAGAGCUUCUCGUCAUGCUCUCGAUCGAGGAUAAACCGCGUGGAAUCGCUGUUCAUCCCUGCCGAAUGUUGAUCUUUUUCACGAAUUGGCAACUCCAACGACCGGCCAUUGAACGAGUCUACUACAGUGGAUAUGAUCGGAAACGAAUCAUCGAGACCGAUCUCGUCACCCCGAAUGGGAUCACCAUCGACUUUUCCGCUGAGAAGUUGUACUUCACCGAAGCGGAGACGGGAUCGAUUCAGCGAUCCGAUUUGGAUGGAUCGUUUAGAGAAACAAUUGUUUCAACGAUUAAUGCGACAACACCGAAAAACGCUACUGGUACAAAAACAAAUCACAAAACAUCUCAUCCAUUUGCGUUGGCGAUUUUCGAGAACACGAUUUACUAUUCGGAUUGGGUUCAGAGAGCGGUGGUCGCUGUCAACAAGUUGAGCGGUGAAAAUCGUCGAAUCAUCUAUCAGAAUAUGUCCGAUCAACCGAUGGGAAUCGAUGUUUGGAACACGAACAAAGAACCACUGGAUUGCGAGUGUAAACCUGGGCAGUUCAAAUGUGACACCGGAGAGUGCCGUCCAAAGGAGGCUCGCUGCAAUUUCCAGAAGGAUUGCAUUGACGCAAGCGAUGAAAAGGAAUGUCCACGCUCGAAUUGUUCUCUCCACGAAUUCGGGCUCACCAAAUUGAUCAAUUGUGAGCGAACGACGCAGUGCAUUCAAGCUGAUUGGCUUUGUGAUGGGGAUAAUGAUUGCUGGGAUGGAUGGGACGAAGAACAGUGCUCAGGUGAAUUGUUGCCAUUCUCGAAGAAGAAGUUGACACCGGUUGGUCGAAAAGAUUGUCUUUCAUCGGAGUUCAAGUGUGUCCUCACCGGUUCGUGCAUCAACAACGCGUGGCGCUGCGACGGGCAACCGGAUUGCGGUGAUGGAAGUGAUGAGGCGGAUUGUGACAACACUCGGAAAUGUCUUGGUUUCAAGUGCAACACCGGAAACAAAUGCAUAGAAGCUGAUCAGAAAUGUGACGGGAAAAAGGAUUGCGAUGAUGGAGAAGAUGAAGCUGGAUGUGAUGACGAGUGUCAUGCGGGCACUUUCAAUUGCACAAAUCAUCGCUGCAUCCCAAUGAUUUGGAGAUGUGAUGGGCAUGAUGAUUGCAGAGAUGGAGGAACGGGCACAGGCAGUGAUGAGAAGGAUUGCUCGUCGUCGCCGAGUUUCUUCGCGUGGUGUAAACCGUCGGAGUUCCGUUGUGGGAAUGGGAGUGAUGCAAGCAAGAGUGGAGCGAUUUUUCCCUCACUGUGCAUCCCGAAAAGCUAUAACUGUGACGGAUACCCGGAUUGCUACGAUAAGAGUGAUGAGAAAGAUUGCGACGAUCGCGAAUGUUCGAGUUGGGAAUUCCGAUGUCAGAGCGGACAAUGCAUUCCCCGGAAUUGGACAUGCAAUGGGGUGGCUGAUUGUGCGGACAAAAGCGAUGAACUGCCGAACGUCUGCUUUGGCGCUUUGUACACACCGUGUCCAACUGGGCAACACCACUGUGACAACGGGGUUUGCAUUGGCGCUGAGUUGCUUUGCAACAAGAACAACGAUUGUGGCGAUUGGUCCGACGAGAAGAAAUGCGGGAUCAACGAGUGCGAGAGAUCGUCACCAUGCGAGGAGAAAUGCGUGGAUUUGCCUAUUGGCUAUCAAUGCUCAUGUUCUGCGCCGAAGAGGCUGUCACUCGAAGAUCGAUCCUCUUGUAUAGCGAACGAUCCUUGUGUAACAGCGAAUUGUACUCAAGGGUGCAUGGUGAAGGGUCAAAUUCCACUUUGUCAAUGCGCAAAAGGCUACACCCUGGCUCCGGAUCAAAAAAGUUGCAAACACACGGAUUCUGUGGCUCCAAACAUCUUGCUGAUCACCAGCCAUCGUUUAAUGGUGUUGGACAUUAAUGGAAAUGAGAAAUCGGUGCUCCUCACAAAUAUCACCAAUGGAGUGGCUGUGGAUUAUGAUUAUCGAACGAGCCUUGUUUACUGGAGCGAUGUGGCAGCGGGGAAGAAAUUCGGAUACAUGAAUCUGAAUGGAGUACACGGGAGUUACAAGCUACUUUCCGGUAUCAGUAGCCGAGGUCCGGACGGUUUGGCGAUCGAUUGGAUUGCGAGAAAUCUGUAUUGGGCGGAUAAAGAUGAUGAUAGUAUCAAUAUUGCUAAUAUGAAGGGAAAGUUCAGAAAAACCCUUCUGAAAGGCCGUCCACUGCACGAGCCGCGCGGUCUAGCCGUUGAUCCGAUUGAAGGAGUCCUUUUCUGGUCAGACUGGGGCGAUCGAGCGCAUAUUGGACGAAUGGGAAUGGAUGGAAGUGAUCCAAAAGUGAUUCUCGACUCGUCGUUAAGAUGGCCAAAUGCUCUCGCGCUAGACUCGCCGGCAAAGCGUCUUUUCUGGGGCGACGGAAUGCUUGACUACAUCGGUUCCUGUGAUUAUGAUGGGAAAAAUCGUCGAAUCGUCAUCACAAAGCCCGUUCGACACAUUUUCGGGCUAACCAUAUUUGAGGAUUACAUCUACUGGAGUGAUUGGAACAAUCGGACUGUCGAUCGGGCACAUAAAAUCACCGGUGACGAUUACAAAGUGCUUUUACAAGUACAGCAUCGACCAAUGGGGAUCAAGAUCAUCCAUCCACUUCUGCAACAAAUUGGCCAUACCGAAGUCGACAGGCACCCAUGUCGAUCAUCGCUUCGAUGCGACAAUUUGUGUAUUCCGAAGGGAGCUCGUAAUUACACGUGUUUCUGCGCUGAGGGAUUUAAAGUUGACGGAUCGGCUUGUACAUCGAACUGUAAACGAAGCGAUUUCGUAUGUCAUAACACUUACAAAUGUUUACCGUUUUGGUGGAAAUGUGAUGGACAAGAUGAUUGUGGGAAUGGAGAAGAUGAGCUUUAUCAUAUAAAUGGUGCUUGUCCCGAAUUCAAAUGUGAUCCCGGUCAAAUGCAAUGCAGUCAACCGAGGAUCAUCUUCUCGCAAUCCGAUCCGAAAGUUUACACAACACCAGCUCCAUCAAAUGUCACCUGUCUUUACUCAUCGCAGAUUUGUGACGGAGUUCGUGAUUGUCCGCUAGGCGACGACGAAUCGAAAGAGCUUUGUGCCACUUACGAAUGCCACGAUUCACAAUUCAAAUGUCCAAACGGAACAAAAUGUCUUCCGAUCACCGCCGUUUGCGAUGGAAGAGACGAUUGUGGAGAUGGGAGUGACGAGAGGAAUUGUGAGAAAGUUCUCGGCGAUUGUGGGCCAUCGAAUUUCGCGUGCACCAACAGCAAGAGCGGGCAAGUUGAACGCUGCAUCUCACGAUCAUGGAUCUGUGACGGGGAGAAGGAUUGCCCGAACGGGGAGGAUGAACCGCCAACUUGUGACGUGCGCAAAUGCGAAUCCGAGCAAUUUCGAUGCGCCAGUGGGAAGUGUAUUCCGAAUUUUUACAGAUGUGAUGGACAAAACGAUUGCCCGGAUGCCGGCGAUGAGAAAGGAUGCGACGUGGCGAAAGGGGGCAAAUGUAAAAAGGAUCAAUUCCGGUGCAAUGACGGGCAAAAGUGUAUUGCGCAAAUCUGGGUUUGCGACGGGGAAAGCGAUUGCAAUGAUGGAUCCGAUGAGGCCGAAUGCGAGACAGAAACCCUGCCCGAGUGUGAUCUCGGGAAUUUCCAAUGCGCGGAUGGCUCUCGUUGCGUGAUGGCCAAAGAGAAAUGCGAUGGGACACGGGAUUGCGCUGAUGGGAGCGAUGAAGAGAAUUGCCCAGCUUGCAACAACUCGACUUUCCAUUGUGCAUAUCCGCUCUCGAAAUGUCUUCCACUCGAAAAAGUCUGCGAUGGAGUGGUGGAUUGUCCGGAUUACAGUGAUGAGCUUUAUUGUUCUUGUGACUCCACAAAAACGGAAAAUCCACAAUGGCUACGCUGCUUCGACGAGGGAAAUUCGCCCACAGAGAACUCAAUUUGCGUGUCUGCCUCAAAUUUCUGUGACGGGGUGCCCGAUUGUCCGAACGAUCAUGACGAGGAUCCAAAAGUUUGCGAGAGACACUCUUGUCUAUCGGGCUAUCUCAAAUGCCGUUCUGGUGGGCAGUGCUAUCCCCAAAGUGGUCACUGUGAUCAAGUGCCCGAUUGUGCUGAUGGAAGUGAUGAGGAUCCGAACUUUUGUGAUUCAAAGUGUGCCGGUCGAAUGCGUUGCAACAAUGGUCGUUGCAUUCCCUAUCACAAAUUGUGCGAUGGGAAAGACGAUUGCGGAGAUGGUAGCGAUGAGAGAUUGUGUGGCAACUCAAUUUGCGAGCGUUUCGGCACAUGUUCCCAGAUGUGUAUCGAGGAGAAAAACAAGGAUGGACAUCGAUGUGGAUGUGCUUAUGGAUACAGUAUGACGACGGCCAGUCUGGGAAGAUGCAAAGCUGAUGGCGGCCAUAAAGCCGAAGUGGUGAUCCUUGACGGAACCGAUGUUCGAAAAUUUGAUCACAACGACAAUAUGACUCACGUUUACAUGAAUUGGAUUCGUUUGAAAAAGAAAACCGUGGCUGAUUUCGAUGUUUUCUACCCGCAACCCAAUGGACCGCCCACCUAUGUUUGGAUUGAUUUGUUCCUCGGCUCGGUGAAUGUCGGCACUUUUGAGCAAUUCACCGAACAACCUUCCCGAACCGAACGAGCAGUUGAUGCGGCGGAAAAUCAGGAAUGGACAAAGCGUCGUGGAUUUGAUGUUUUCCCGCAUACGCCACCCUCGCUGGCCGUCGAUUGGGUGCAUCAAAAUGUCUAUGUGGCUCAUGCGGCAUUCUCGUUCACUAGGGAGAUCAAAGCCGGCAUCACGAUCACCCCACUUUCCACUCCAAGUCAAAUGAUUCCGAUUGUCACUUCUCAUCUCGAUGCUGUCACCUCGAUAGCCGUUAAUCCACAAAAUCCCAGCAUGUUAUGUUGGACCGUUGAGCGGCCAUUCGGAUCAAUCGAGUGCUCGAAUUUGGAUGGAUCUGAUAGGCGAACGCUUGUUGUUGACAACAUUUACGAGCCAAAUUCGAUCACUUUCGAUGGACCAAAUGAAAGAAUCUACUGGACUGAUUUCAAGAAAUCGACAAUUGAAACGAUUCGCGUUGACGGGAAAGAUCGACGAGUGCUCGAGAAAUAUCCACACGGUCAUGAUCGUCCCUUCAAAUUGGAUGUUUUCGAAGAAUACAUUUAUGUGAUUGGUCGACCUCAUGGAACCCUUUGGAGAACGGCGAAAUUCAUCCGUGACGAUCGAACAUUUCAAUAUCGAAGCCCGGCUUCGGGAAUCGCAAAGCUUCGCGUCGUACAUCGAGCCAAAUCAUCGUUCGAGUUUUUCUCGGUGAACCCGUGUGGAUCGAAUCCGUGCGGCACUUUCCCAUGUAUCUCCAUCACUCAGCCACACUCGCGAUCGAUUGAUCUAAAUGAAGGCGGGUAUCGUUGUGUAUGCGCUCGUGGUUCGCAUUGGGACGGGAAAGAGUGCAUUCAAUUGGAGUACACACCAGGAAAGGAUACAGAAUGCGGAUCGAUAAUCUGUCAUAACGGGGGCCGAUGCGAGAAAAAUCCAUUCGGGGACUUUUGUGGAUGUCCCGAAGGACUCAAGGGAUCACAAUGCCAGUGGGAUCCAUGCCAAAAUGCGUGCCUCAACGGUGGAGUGUGCCGGCUGCAAAAAUAUGGGCUCAGCGCUGAAUACGAGCCAUUUUGUGUGUGUCCCUAUGACUUCACGGGACAGCGCUGUGAGCGCUAUAAAUGCACAGGCGUUUGCGCGCACGGCACUUGCUCGAUCCACAACGAGACCGGUAUGCCGAGAUGUCGCUGUGAGAAUGGAUGGAGUGGAGAGAAUUGUGAUGUUAAGGGAGUUUCAUGCACGUCGGACUACUGCUUCAAUGGUGGCACUUGCAAACAGGGCAAAGAGGGAGACGCCUUUUGCGUGUGUCCGCUCAACUAUUACGGGCGCCGUUGCGAGAACUGUUUCACUCCGUCAGGUGGCUCGUUGAUCUGUUUGAAUGAUGGACAGUGUAAGAAUCGAGAGAAGUGUCAAUGCGCUCCUGGGUGGACGGGAGCAUCUUGUGAAAAAGAUCUGUGCAUAGGCUAUUGUAAGAUGGGCAGUUGGUGUGUGCACAACUCGAGUUCGCCCAACGGUUUAGAGUGUCGGUGCAAGGAUUCGGAUAAAAAUCCAACAAGCGGGAAAUGCUCUCCGAUUUGCGCGCAACGACCCGGCUGGUGCAAGAAUGGAGGAGAAUGCAUCGAUUUGCCCGAUUUCUCAGCCUAUUGCUCGUGUCCACCAAAAUGGAAAGGUCCUCGUUGUGAAGAGGUUCAACACUGCGACGACUACUGUAGUCUCAAUUCACAGUGUGUUGAUGCAAAUGUCACUCAUUGGGAGUGUCGUUGUUCUCUCGGUUUCUCCGGGCCAAAAUGCGACUCGUACGAGGGUUGUUCACCGAGAUGUCAAAAUGGAGGCAAAUGUGAGAGAGAUGCAAAAACGCGGCUCGGUCUUUGCAAUUGUCCGAAAGGAUUGGGUGGUGAUGAUUGCACCCUGGUCACCGCUCAAUCGUGCGGACAAAUCGAGUGCGCCAACGGGGGAAUCUGUACGUCGAGAGGGCCGUCUUGCAUUUGUCCGCUCAGCUGGAAGGGCUUAGUUUGCAGAACGCCCUCUUGUGAUGGUUUAUGUCAAAAUGGUGGAGAGUGUUUGAUCAGUGAUAAACGAGCUGUUUGCAGAUGCCCAAAACAAUUCGCCGGUUCUCGAUGUCAAUACGAUUUCACGAAAAGAGCCGACAUGAUCACCAAUCGGGGUGGACAAUUCCUUCUAAUAUAUCUUCCGGUGGCUCUCGUUUUCUGUAUUUGCGCCUUUUUACUUUAUGUGGUCUUCAUGCGCACUGAUAAAUUACGACAAAUCGCUCAAUUCUCACGAUCUCGCAUGGUUGAUGAUCAUCCGGAGACGACAAUGGAAGAGUUUCAUAACCCAGCCUUCGAGCCGAAUGAUGUUGGUGAUGGGGAUGAGAGUGGGCGGCUAGUCACUCGAGAUCAGACGAACAACUUCUGCAAUCCGGUUUUCGAGGACGACGUCUACAAUGAUACGGUUAUUUCGGGAACACGACGAGAGGAGACAACAUUGCUGCCAUCACAACAACAAGAUCCAUUGAGGGCAAAUGUUUCAAAUAUU